UAUUGUAAAUGUUAUCUCAUUGGCUGAUAAGCUGAUAUCAGUUAAAAUAGCCAAUGCUGGAUGAUAACAAUGUUUGGUGUUAAUGAAAAUAACAAUGGUGCACUAGAGGGGCAUCAGUGAGACAAAUGACAAGACGUGAAUGGUUUUACAGGUGGAGGCCAGUGACAUUUUUUCCUCCUCAUAUUUCUAGACUGUUUUUUCACUACUUUUGCAUUUAACUAUAGGGUCAGGGUCACUACUGGUAGCACAAGGCGAUACCUGGACCCUACAGAGGUUUCACAGGUAGUCCCACUCCUCCAGUAUGGCAUAUGUGCCACUGGAGUUUGUUCUGUCUUCCAGCAAAGUCUCAAGAGCAUGGAGGAGAUUCCGGGAGACAAGCAGUUACACUUGGAGAGCUGGGCACAGCUGUGGAAGGUCCGUAACCCAUCAGCCACCAAGGACAGGAUAAGGACUGCCAGAGCCUUACAAAAUGACUUCCAGCAGCAGGACACUGGUGUGAGUGUCUCUGACCAAGCAAUCAGACAGUGACUUCACAAGGGCCUGGCAUCCUCAAGUGGGACCGUGCUCACGGCUCAGCACCGUGGAACCAGAUUGGAAUUUGUCAUAGAAUUAAAGGUUCAGCAUUGGCACCCUGCGCUUUUCACAGAUGAGAGCAAGUUCACCCUGUGCAUAUGUGACAGACGCAUGUGAAAAAGAAUGUUUUGCUGCCUUUAACAUUGUUACAUUGAAGGCAUAUAAUAACGUAGGGAGGGACAGACCUCUACAGGCUAGCCAACUGCGCUAUGGCUGCCAUUCACUACUAUGCUGGUGGAGUGGGUGCUGGGUUCCUCCUGAUGCACAACAAUGCUUGGCCUCAUGUGGUGAGAGUCUGCAGGCAUUUCCUGGAGGAAUAAGAAACUGAACCAUAGACCGGACCCUACGUUAAAACCUAUAGAGCACCUCUGGGACCUUACAUUUUGGUCCACCGAGUUGCAUGUCAGCCUGUGCAGGAUCUAAGUGCUUCCCUGGUCUAGAUAUGGAAAGAGAUCACCCAGGACAUCAUGUCUUCUCAUUAGGAGUGUGCACCAAUGAUGUCAGACAUUCAUAGUCAGAAUCUAUACAAACUACUGAUUAUCGUUCUGAGUUGCUAUAGUGACAUGUUAGCAUUUCCAGUGAGAUGCUCUGCAGCCACUUACAGUUGCUGCUUGUUUAUGGGUGUUUCUGCAUUCAGUCUUGUAUUUAAUAGUGGAAAAACACCCGAUUUAAGCUCAAGAGCUUUGAUCAGGUGACUGACGUGGUCACUGGAGAAUAUCCCAUUUCUUUGCCUUUGGGAAACUCUUGCAGUUUGCUUUGGGUCAUCACCAUUAUCACUACGAAGCACUGUCCAGUUUGGAGCAUUUGGCUGUUUUCAUUCUGUCAUAAUGCCGUGUGUGAGCCAGGAAGGAUCAGGACCUAAAAUACAGAACUCAGAAGCAGGACUAAGUUAUAAGUGCAUAUAAACCAAGUUAUUCCAUUGAUAUGAGUUACAGCUGCUGUUUAAACAUUCAGAACUUUUACUUCUAUACACCUAUAAACCAUCUCAACAUAAUAUGACUGCAUUAAUAAGCACAUUUCUAACUGAUCUCAUAGAGAUAAUCGUUUCUGGUAAUUUUAGGCUGUGGAAACACUUUUUUGCAUGCACCCAUGCAGUUUAAUGCUCUGGCCUAGGUAAACAAUCAAGCAGUACAGAGUAAUGCACUGAUUGGACACUAGAUGGCAGAAAACAUGCAUCUGUGCUGUUUACAAGCUAACAUGAACUCUGGCAGUAGUAGUUCAAAGCCCAGUACACACACCUUGUAUAACACAAAUCAGUACACCGUGUAAAAGGUGGAUUUAACACAGCACCAAACAUUGCAUAACCGUGAUAGCGAACUUGAACCUGGGGUUCACGGCUCGAAGCAUUUAGUGAAUCCCUGUGAGAAGAUUAGUAGAGGAAUCCCCACACAGCUCUUAAACAUCAGAAACACGACAGGGAGCCCCAAUAGGGCACAGCAUGCUUCUAUAAUCUCUGAUAGGUAUCUGAGGGACGUCAUGAAGAUGCUUUAUUUACCUUUGAUCCUCUUUACGCUACUCUCAUUUCAACCACCCGGUUCAUUUGGGGGCAAAAUUCUGGUGUUCCCACUGGAUGGAAGCCAUUGGAUAAACAUGAAAGUGCUCAUAGAGGAACUGCAUGCCAAAGGUCAUGAGAUCACUGUCAUUCGGCCAUCUGAUAGCUGGUACAUCAGUGAGAAAUCUCCACUCUAUACCUCUGUCACACUUCCCUACUCUAGUGGAUUUGAGGAAAACUUUGAAACAUAUUUGUUUCAACAGCUGGAAAUCCGGCUUCAGGGAAAACCUACGUCCUCUUGGUCCCACAUCUGGACUCAAAUUCAGAUCCGGAAUGUGGUUGUAGAACAGUUCACUCAGUUUCACAAAGGGAUGAGAGAAACAAUCGUUCAGAUGUUUGAAGACAAAGAGCUGAUGCAGUCUUUACAUGCUGCUAAAUACGAUGUGCUUUUGACUGACCCUGGCAUCGGUUGCGGGGCCAUGCUGGCACGUCGACUUCAGCUUCCUCUGGUUUUCAAUGUAAGAUGGACCAUUCAAGGCGAGGCUCACUUCCUUAUUGCUCCCUCACCUCUGGCAUACAUUCCUUUUACUGGAACAGAGUUAACAGAUAAGAUGACCUUCUCUGAGAGAAUAAAGAAUAUGUUGAGUUACAUUAUUGGCAUGUACACAUUGUUUCACAUGGCAGAAACAAACUACAAACCGGUUGUUAUGAAGUACUUUGGGCCUGAUGUGGAUUACUCAACGUUUUUCCUGGACGCUGAUAUAUGGCUUAUGAGAAAUGAUUUUGUCUUUGAAUUCCCACGUCCAACAUUGCCAAAUAUUGUCUACAUGGGUGGAUUUCAAUGUAAACCCUCAAAAGCGCUUCCUGAUGACCUGGAGACAUUUGUCCAGAGCUCUGGAGACCACGGAGUCAUUGUGAUGACCCUCGGGACUUUAGUUGCAAAGCUUCCUCAACAUGUUACUGAGGAAAUUGCUGCAGCCUUUGCCCGACUUCCUCAGAAGGUUAUAUGGAGGUAUAUAGGACAAAGGCCAACCAACCUGGGAAACAACACGUUACUAGUUAACUGGCUGCCACAAAAUGAUCUCUUAGGACAUCCCAAAACUAGAGCGUUCGUGACCCAUGGAGGCACCAAUGGAGUUCAGGAAGCAAUUUACCACGGGGUGCCUAUAGUUGGACUGCCCUUAUUCUUUGAUCAGCCCGAUAAUCUCUCCAGGAUCAAAGCAAAAGGAGGAGCUGUGAUUGUGGAUAUCGCUAUGCUCAAAAGAGAUAGCUUUGCAGAGGCACUGAUGACAGCUCUUUACAAUUCCACUUACAGGGAAAACAUGCAGAUGCUCUCCAGGCUGCACAGAGAUCAGCCCAUGAAACCUCUGGAUCAGGCAGUGUUUUGGAUAGAAUAUGUUAUAAGACAUAAAGGGACCCGUCAUCUGCAGACACAGUCGUACAAAAUGUCGUGGUUUGUGUACAAGUCUCUUGAUGUCAUUGCUUUUUUGUUGACCGUCGUUUUGCUUAUGAUGCUCAUUUGUGUGUCAUGUCUAAGGCUAGUGUGGAGAAUGAUCUUUUCUGGAAAAAAAGUUAAACGUGAGUGAUCAGAAAAACAAAAGCGAUCCAAUCUGAAAAACUUUCUCUGCACCAGCCAUGUGCUAAUUACCUGAAAGCAUUUUACUUUGCCAUAUUUAUCUUGAGAAAAUCAAGAGCAUAACCCUGAAUGUUUCUGAUUUCAGUCGAGGUUUUUAUUUGUGAAGCUAUGAUAUCUUUGAAUGGUGAAGAAUCAUUAAAAAAAAAAAAAUCAACCAAUCCACACAUGGAUCAACUCUAGAAGUGAAUCACUCUAAAGCUGGGCAAGCUCCACCUUGUUUUUCACCAAAUUGUUUUUUGAAAAGUGCUUUGUGAAUAAAGAUGAUUCUAGUAUUUUCUAUUUAAUAA